AUGGGUGGUUUUCACCGACAUGCACCUGACGACUUCCUAGCCCCCCUCACGACACAUAAUCUUCAGCGUCUCGAGAAAAGUCUUACCAUUCCAUCCGAGCUUUCAUCCGCACACGUGGGACCUCCAGCUGUAAGAAAGAACCAACAUCGGACAAAUCAGCACUGCAAAAGGACCGCCGACCAUUGCCAGCCACGUGGUCAUGUUGACCCGCUGGAUCCAAACCAGCAAGUCCGCUGCAACGUUAUGGAAGUAAUGCCAUCCAGGCAGAAUGAAAGGCGGCGUCCGAGCCACGGACUCAGUGCUGGAUCAAUAGACGCAAAGAAAGGGUCUUCCAAAAUCUUUUACACCACAACAUCACUCCAUGAUGGACUUUGGGAUCCUGAGCUCAAGGUAGUUCCCUCUGCUAGGUCCUCAAACACCAGCCGUAGUGUACAACAUCUCAGUACUUGGAAGCAACUACCAGCCUUGCCCCAGGUAACUUAUCUGGCGGAAGCUACUCCAGGUCCAUCGGCGUCCGCCUGGCAUGGUGACCAAUUUGAUACAUUACGAAACGACACUGCGGACAGAACACCCGACUCUCAGAUUCACCCGAAGCAAAUACAAAUUUCCUCGAGGUCCUCUCGCAGCGCUUCAUUAUCUGAUCACGACAAAGAUCUAAGACUGCUUUCAAUUGCGUUGAUGACGGUCGACAAUGGAUUCGAGGAUCAGUGGUGGUUUCAGGGGCCCAAGGAGCAAAUUGACUGGUGGUCCAGGGGUUGGGGAAACGAGACCAACUCGACCUUGCCUCAUAAUGUGGCGUCGGCUGUUGAGUUGCCUGUAGAUGCAGACACGCAUAUGCGAGAUCUAUCUAGCAUCAGCAGCCAGCAAGCAUUUCCUAACGACCUUGUCUCGCCUCUGUCGGACUCGGGUACUUUAUAA